UGAAGUUUCUUCUUUCUGUGUCCAUACUUAAGCUAAGAUAGCAUUUUGCAAAAAUUCUUAGAAUCUUGCAGUCAAUAUGUUUAAGCUUUUUAGGGUACUCCGAUUGUUUAUCCUUCUGUGUGUUUGCAUGCCCACUAGUAUCAUACUAGGUGGAAAUGAGACCGAUCACUUAGCCAUGCUUUCAAUGAAGGCUCAAAUAACUCGUGAUCCAAUGCUAGUCACAAGCUCAUGGAACGAUUCUCUCCAUUUUUGCCAGUGGGAAGGUGUUUCAUGUGGUCGUCGCCAUCAAAGGGUCAUUAGCUUGAAUUUAGCGUCGCGCAAUUUAGAAGGUUCUAUAUCUCCUUCCAUUGGAAACCUUAGUUUCCUCAGAAUCGUUAAUCUCUCAAACAAUAGCUUCCAAGGUGAAAUUCCUUGUGAAAUGGGAAGGUUAUUUAGGCUGCAAGUUCUAGACUUGAACAGUAACUUGUUUGGAGGACAAAUUCCAGCAAGCCUCUCAAACUGCAGUAACUUGAGGGUCCUUCGUUUGAGCAACAACAAGUUGAUUGGAAAUCUUCCUAAAGAUGCUUUCACUCAAUUAGUGCAACUUCAUAUGAGCUCCAACAAUUUGUUAGGAUCAAUACCGCCUUCUUUUGGGAACCUUUCCACUCUCAAACUUUUCUUAGCACAAAAGAAUUUGUUGGAGGGAAGUAUUCCAGACUCACUUGGUAGCUUGAAAAGCUUAACAUAUGUUUCAUUAUCGGCAAAUAAGCUAACAGGUACCAUUCCUCCAUCUAUCUAUAAUAUCUCAUCAUUGACUGCUCUCGAGGCACCAAAUAAUCUACUUGAAGGGAGUCUUCCUCAAAAUUUAGGCCUCACUUUGCCAAAUAUCAAAAGGCUUAAUCUUUGGGGAAACCAACUAAGUGGAUCGAUUCCGGUUUCAAUAUCAAAUGCUUCAAAACUAGAACACCUUGACUUAUCGCUGAACAAUUUUUCCCCUGGAGUGGCUGUUAAUUUUGGAAACCUAAUGAAUUUCUCGUGGUUGAGUUUAUUUACGGCAGGUUUGGGAACUGGGGAUGCUAAUGACCUUGAUUUCGUUUCCACUUUAGCCAACUGUAGCAAAUUGAGUGUGAUAGAAUUACAAGAAAAUAAUUUUGGAGGUGUUUUGUCAAAUUCCUUAGCCAACUUCUCAACCAAACUCCAAUAUUUAACUGUGGCAAAAAACAAGAUAUUUGGAAGCAUACCAGAAGAUAUUGGAAAUCUUGUAAGCUUAAAUGCUCUAGAUAUGCACUACAAUCAAUUGACAGGAAGCAUUCCAAACUCUAUCGGUAAACUUGAUAAGCUUCAACAGUUGGGCUUUGGUAAAAACAAAUUGUCCGGAGAAAUCCCUUCCUCCAUUGCAAAUUUAACAUUGUUGACCAAGCUUUGGUUAGAAGAAAAUCAUUUUCGGGGAAACAUACCUUCAAGUCUUGGAAAUUUCUUGGGUUUGAUAGAGCUGCAUCUUAAUGGUAAUAAUUUGUCUGGUAGCAUACCGCGAGAAGUAAUUGGUCUCUCAUCUUUGUCUAUAUCUUUGGACUUGUCUGGAAACCGUCUAACUGGUCCCAUUCCUUUGGAAGUCGGUAACUUGAGAAAUCUUGUUGAACUAAAUCUUUCUUAUAACAAGUUAUCUGGUAAAAUUCCUACUAGCCUUGGUAGCUGUCAUACUUUGGAAUACCUUUAUUUGGACAACAAUGCAUUAAUAGGAGCCAUUCCACAAUCCUUGAGUUCUCUAAAGGGUAUUGAAGAAUUAGGUCUUUCCCACAAUAACCUCACAGGUGAAAUUCCUAAGUUUUUAAAUAGCUUUCCCUUUCUAAGCAUUUUAAACCUUUCUUUUAAUGAUCUUGAGGGAGAGAUACCUACAGGGGGAGUGUUCCAAAAUGCAACUGCAAUUUCAGUUUCGGGAAAUAACAAGCUUUGCGGUGGUAUACCUACACUACAAAUGCAGUCAUGUGCUUCGAAAAAUGCAAGAAAGUUAAUUAUUCCUAUAGUUUGUGGGGUAUUGGGUAUAGUUUUUGCAUUAUCUGUUCUAUUGCUUUGUUGGCUUAGAAAGAUGAGAAAGCAAUCUAUUGUGGCAUCUUGUUUGAUGGAUUCUUCUAUGGAUAUGUCAUAUAGAGAGCUCUUCAAAGCAACAAAUGGGUUUUCUUCAGACAACUUGAUUGGUAGCGGAAGUUUUGGUUCAGUAUACAAAGGAAUUCUUCACCCAAAUGAAAAGGCUAUUGCGGUGAAGUUAUUCGAUCAAGAAAAUAGAGGAGCUUCAAGAAGUUUUAUCACUGAAUGCAAAACUUUGGGAAACAUCAGGCAUCGAAACCUCGUCAAGAUUAUAAAUGCUUGUGCAAGUGUUGAUUUCCAAGGUAAUGAUUUCAAAGCCCUAAUAUAUGAGUUUAUGGAAAAUGGGAGCCUUGAAAGUUGGUUGCAUCCAACUCCACAAACAAGUGUUGCCCAUAAACAACCAAGAAGUUUAAACCUUUUUCAGCGAUUAAACAUAGCAAUUGAUGUGGCUUCUGCUUUGAAUUAUCUUCACAAUCAUUGUGACAACACGAUCAUACAUUGUGAUAUAAAGCCAAGCAACAUUCUUCUUGACAGUGACAUGACAGCCCAUGUUGGUGAUUUUGGUUUAGCAAGGCUUUUACUACAACCCAACAAUGAACUUUCAAAAAGCCAAACUAGCUUUGUCGGUAUAAGAGGAACCACUGGAUAUGCAGCACCAGAAUAUGGCAUGGGGAGACGGGUAUCCAUUCAUGGUGAUGUAUACAGCUAUGGAAUCCUCUUGUUAGAAUUGUUCACAGGAAAAAGACCCACUGAUGACAUGUUUAUAGAUGGCUUGAACCUUCACAGAUUAGCCAAAAUAGCUUUGCCAAAAAGUGUGAUGGAGAUUGUUGAUCAGAAACUUAUAUCAGUUGUAGAAGAGGAGGAAACAAGCAAAGCAAAUUCCAAGACACAAAUGGAAAGGAAAAAAUUCAUUGAGUGCUUAAUUCUGAUACUCAGGGUUGGAGUUGAGUGCUCUGAAGAAUCACCAAGAGAAAGAAUAACCAUUGUUGAUGCGACUAAGAAACUACAUUUAAUUAAGGAGAUGCUACUUGGGAGAAGGAUUUCCACCAAUGUGCAAAUUGCUUAAAUCGAGUAAUUAAGGUACUCUCUUUAGGUGUUGGCCCUUUAAAAUUUUCUUUACAAUUAUGCCAUUUGCAUACAAAUAAAUCGCAAAAAGUUUCACGAGAGAGAAACGAAAGGGUGUGGGCGCUCUUGUGAAACUUUCUGUGUUUUAUUUAUAUAUAAGUAUACAUUUUCUUUCUCUUUCAUAUCUGAUUAAUUCAUACAUCAUUAGAUUGUAUGAUAUCUACAACAAUGCUACGCAAGUUUGCAUUUUGUUUUUGUUAUUUAUUUAUUUUUUAUAUCGUUGUUAUGUUAGAGAAUAGACUAAUAUAUGCUUGAGUUAAUUUGUCACUUGAUUUUUGCUUUUGGUUAAUUAAUAUAUGAGG